ACUGCUCCUUUUGCUGCUACUGCUGCUAUUGCUGCAACUCCUUGUCGUCGUCGUCGCCGAUAUAAUAAACGACCCACCAAUACAACAACGAGUGAUGACAAAGAAGUUAUUUAUCGCAUGAACAGAAAUUUAAUCACGGUACCAGAAAUAUGGCUUGAAUAUAGUGUAGGUAUCAACGGUGGACCCUCUUUGCAAUUACUGGAAGCGAAACAUGGUACAGCGUGGCGAAAAGAUGAUCUAAAGGAAGAAAGAUAUUUCACACGACGUAUGACGUUAAUUCGGGAAAUUAAAAGACUGGCCUCACAACAUGAGUUUUCUUGUGAAGAAGCUGCUGUAGAGUUGGAAGAGCGUCGGAUGCAAUUGCACUUUUCGCUUGAUAAACUUCGGAGGUAUUUAACCUCACACGACUAGACAAAAAAAGCUUAUAUCACUUGUAAAAUCUACAUAAUAUCCCUUUUUUUCUUCCUUUAAUGAAUAAAUAUGAUCCUGUAUAAUCAAUUAUGCUGCUUUUAUGAUAAAAUCUACAUGUGCUGCUGCAGAAAAAAAAAAAGUCAGUGAUAGAAACCUAUAAAAAAAAUGCCACCAGUGAUUAUAAAUAAGCAACUAUCCUGUGCCUACUUGGUAAAGAAGAGUGCUAUAUUGAGCUAACUAGUCGUAUAAACAGUUUACUCUUUCUCCAAAAUAAAAACUGUUUUGGCGGCUAAAAAACAUAAAAGAGGAAUACACAUCGAAUGUUCUUGAUCACCAUUAUCCGUUCCUAGCAUAAGACGAACAAUAUUAUACGACACCACGGAUCAGAUACAAGAAAAAAAAAAGUUGUGUCGCUU